AUGAAGGAGACUUUUUCUGAAGAAGAAUAUAGAUCGAGAGAAGUCGAUGACGGCUCUGUUGUAGCGACCAAGAAGCCUGUAGAUAAGCGUCGUUUACUGUUCAAGAUUGACCUGUUUGUGUUGUCAUUUGUUUGUCUGCAGUACUGGAUCAACUAUGUGGACCGUGUGGGGUUCAUCAAUGCCUACAUUUCGGGAAUGAAGGAGGACUUGCACUUCAAGGCUAACGAUAUCAAUAUUACUAAUACAUGUUUCACGGUUGGAUACAUCUUGGGGAUGAUUCCAAAUAACUUGAUACUAUUGGUGGCACCUCCGCGGGUCUGGUUAAGUUUUUGUACAUUUGCGUGGGGUUUGCUGACAUUGGGGAUGUUCAAAGUAACAUCUUUCAAGCAGUGCUGCGUGAUAAGAUUCUUUCAGGCGAUCUUCGAGAGUUGCACAUUCUCCGGCACACAUCUGAUCCUUGGGUCGUGGUAUAAGGAGAACGAGCUGCCUAUUCGAAGUGCAAUAUUUACAUCUUCUGGUUUAAUCGGCUCGAUGUUUAGUGGCUUCAUGCAGGUGGAAAUCCACGACAGCUUGGAUGGCAGGCGCGGCCUCGCCGGCUGGAGAUGGCUGUUCAUCAUCGACUUUGCCAUCACAAUGCCAAUAGCGCUCUAUGGGUUCCUGUUUUUCCCCGGUGUGCCUGAGAACAGCAGUGGCAGCAGCUCAUUCUCGAUGACCAGAUUUUUCUUCAGCGAACGGGAGCUUCAGUUCGCCAGGAGAAGGUUGCCCGCCAGGGAUGAAAGCACUCGGCUGGACUGGUCUGUCGUACCGAGGGUUCUGAAAAGAUGGCAUUGGUGGCUAUUCUCGUUUGUCUGGGUUCUCGGCGGUGAGAAUCUGAGUCUAGCGUCAAACUCGACUUUUGCCCUCUGGCUAAAGAAUCAAGGUUACUCCCUUUCGCAUCGAAACAACUUUCCGUCGGGUAUCUUUGCGGUUGGCAUCGCGUCGACCAUGCUGUCAGCAUUGUACCUGAACAAGAUAUCCAAGGCGAGACACUGGCACGUCGCCAUGUUUCUCGCCGUCACCAUGUGCGUAGUCGCUAUCAUGGUCCGCUCCAAUCCGAUUAGUGCUCCAGUGAUGUUCACGGCUCAGUAUCUAGGCGGCGUCGCAUACGCUGGCCAGGCCGUGUUUUUCGCAUGGGCCAAUGUGGUCUGCCACGCCGAUCUACAGGAAAGAGCCAUAGUCCUUGCUUCGAUGAACAUGUUUUCCGGCGCCGUGAACGCAUGGUGGUCACUCCUCUUCUUUCCAGCCUCCACUGUGCCCCACUUCGAGAAAGGUUCCUAUGCCCUGCUGGCCACUUCCAUCGCCAGCGGACUGGUUUCGGUUUUGAUCAGAAGAUUUCAGAACAAAGACCGCUACGGCGAGCAGGAGCUUCCCUACAUAGACGCCAAUGACAUGCCACACGACGAAGACGACGACGACGACAACUGA